UUACUUUAUUGUUGUUUACGAGACACUGGGGACUUUCAUGAAUUAUAUCAUUUCCAAAAAUGAUUAGUAGUUGUUAGUGCAUGUGUGUAUGUAACACUGUAGCCUGUUACAAAAUCUGUAGCCGUGCAGCAAAUUUAGGAAGUACUGCCCUGUGCAGCAAGCAAUUAACUCUGGCUCGGUUGACAGCUGCAUUUCUCCCCUCCUUGUGCAAACAAUUUAGAAUUGGCUUUUGUCCUUUGCUUUCACUUGGCAAACUUAUUCUCAUUGGCUCGACAUUCUACAGUAUUUCUUAUCCGCCUUCAAUCGAUGUCCAAUAUCCCCAGCUCUUUCUUCGUCCCGCCCUUUCGCUUACGCUCUCUCGGAACUGUUGUUGUGCUGAAGUCAAACUGAUCUGCCACUCAAGCUCUUUUUCUCUCUAACCAAAGAGGAGUCACAGACCGCGGCUAUGUGUCAAUCUUCAAUACGAUUAGCCACAUUCGCUGCCCAUCCAACAGGAAGCUCUCUCGAUUGGUGGAAAUCCCCAGAGCAGGCAGGUCCCGCCCUUCUUCGCCCUGUAGUGGCCUCCAGCCAGCUCUGGCGAUUUACUUUGGGCUGUAGGGUCCGCGUAACUCAGCUGGUUGCGCGCCCGCUCUUUCUUUCCUCUGUGCUGCGGAGAAGGUUGGGGGAAGGGCUCGAGGCCGCUGCGGCCCAGGCUUGCGUAGUUCGUUCUUCUGGAAAGUGACCAGGUUGCUCCCUUCCGUGUCCCACUACCUUGCCUGGGUAUCCACCGCGGAGCAUUAGACCGUUUCCCCCGGUGUACCGCGCUUCCAGAAUCCUGAAAAGCCUGUGAAUAUGAGCUGUCCCUUGGAGUGCGGGACGCGCCGCCCCUCUUCCUCCUCUUCGAGGCAGUAUUCAGCCAGAGGGAGGAAACAGAGGCUGACCACUUAAGAUGUGAAAGAUCGUCUUCUAAAGGAUUGUUUUUGCAAGAUGGAUCGGAGUAAGCGAAAUUCAAUAGCAGGAUUUCCACCACGUUUGGAGCGCAUUGAAGAUUUUGACGGGGGUGGCGGAAGUGAUGGGACCAUGUCCCAGAUGGGCAGAGUUUGGACUUCUUCAUAUAAAGCCUUGAUAAGUGCCUUUUCAAGACUUACAAGACUUGAUGACUUCUCCUGUGAGAAAAUAGGAUCUGGUUUCUUCUCUGAGGUGUUCAAAGUGCGGCACAGAGUAUCGGAUCAAGUAAUGGCCUUGAAGAUGAAUACACUAAGCAGCAAUCGUGCAAACAUGUUGAAAGAAGUCCAGCUCAUGAACAGGCUUUCACACCCAAACAUAUUAAAGUUUAUGGGUGUCUGUGUACAUCAAGGACAAUUACAUGCCCUUACUGAGUAUAUCAAUUAUGGUAACCUGGAGCAGUUGUUAGAUAGUAAUCAACACUUGCCCUGGACAGUGCGAAUAAAGCUGGCAUUGGAUAUCGCUCUCGGACUCAGUUAUCUUCACUAUAAAGGAAUUUUCCACCGAGAUUUGACUUCCAAGAACUGUUUAAUAAAGAAUGAUGAGAAUGGAUACUCUGCUAUAGUAGGUGAUUUUGGCUUGGCAGAGAAAAUUCCUGACUAUAGUGAAAAGCUGCCAGUGGUAGGUUCUCCUUACUGGAUGGCACCUGAAGUGCUGCGAGAUGAGCCAUAUAAUGAAAAGGCAGAUGUGUUCUCAUAUGGGAUCAUUCUUUGUGAGAUUAUAGCAAGGAUCCAAGCAGACCCAGACUAUCUCCCACGAACAGAGAAUUUUGGACUGGAUUAUGAUGCCUUUCAGCACAUGGUGGGAGAUUGUCCCCCCAACUUUCUCCAAUUAGCCUUCAACUGUUGCAACAUGGAUCCAAAGUUACGUCCUUCAUUUGCUGAUAUUGUCAAAACACUGGAGGAAAUUCUAAGCAAUUUGAAAAGAGAAGAUGACGAAAGAGAACGGAAGCUUCUAAGUCUGGACACUACAGAUCGAAAACCUAUCUCUGUUUCCAAAGGAUUGCUAGAGAGGGGACAAGGUAUCAAAAGACUAAGUUCACUGGAUGACAAGAUUCCACCUAAAUCACCCCGACCACGGCGCAACAUCUGGCUAUCACGUAGUCAGUCAGACAUCUUCUCUCGGAAACUUUCCCGCAAGAUAAAUGUUCAGGACCCAUAUUAUACGCCAAGCAAAGGGGCAAGUCGAAAAGUCAACCCCUUCAAUUCUAGAGAAGACUUGAAAGGGGGAAAGAUAAAAUUUUUUGACUUGCCUAGCAAAUCUGUGAUAUCAUUUGUAUUUGACCUGCACUCUCCAGAAGCAAGAGGAUGUCUAAAGAUGAGCCAGCCACUGUUUAAGCAGACCUUUGCCUGUGAUUGGCAAGAAGCCUCUUUCCUUCCUGGGAGGCGAAGCAGAUCACUUCCAGUUUCUCCUGAAUUUGUCCAUAAAGAUUAUAGUACAUUUGGCGAUCUCUCUUCAACAGUUAGUAGGUGUGAUCCCACCCAGCUAGGGGCUGAGGUGCGACAGAAGCUACUAAGCAGUAGUAAGUAUGGUGUAUCCGAGAUCCCUCCUUUUCAGGUUAAACAACGCAGGCAGGACUCUCAUCCACUUCUGCAAGAGGAGGAAAUGGACUGUUCUGAUGAACUGGAGGUUCAAAACAAAAAUGGGUAUUCUUCUGUAAAAUGUUCAGCCGAAGAGCCAGAACUUGGAAAGCCUGAGGGACAAGUGCUGCAAGAUUCUGGCCAUGUGGCUAAUACCUUGGUACACAAUUUAGACUAUCCAGAAAAUCGAUUCUCAGAGAUGUUCAUGAGCUGCACCACCUCUGAAGAAAUGGAGGUGGAAGAUGAAACUCAAAGGAAUAUGCAUUCCACUAAGUUGGAAUCUUCUAAACGGUUGUUCAGUGUUAAUCCUUCCUCACAGCCAGGCAGAGAAUCCACCUUCCUUGAAGUGGUGGGUAGUGAUACUUCAAAUGUUUCUCUGCUGCCUUCAGACACACCAGCAUCAAUAAGUGGACAGCCAAAAUGUGACAUUUAAAAGCCAACCUUUGGAUGAUGAUGAUGAUGAUGAUGAUGAUGAUGAUACACUCCUUCCAGCUACUCUGGUUUUAACUUCCUAUGUCAAAUGUCCCUAAAACAGUGUACCAAUGUAGCCAGCCCAUUUAAAAGUUCUAAAAUGUACUGAGAGAUAUUGUAUGCAUGCAAGAAUGUGUGAGAAGCGCUCUUAGCUUACCUCAGGAAGAAGCUAAUAUAGAAAUAAGAGGUUUGCUGUUGAAUGCCUGAUUCAUGCAGGGUCACAGUUAUAAAGGUAAUGGGAUUAUGGGCAUCUAUUUUUCUAUUUGUGUUACACAUACUGUUUAGGUUCUGUUGAAUAUUUUUUUUAAGAACUCAGUAUCUCUGAACCUUCAAAAUCUUUAUCUCAUUGGCCAUAGAAAUGCUGAGCAGCAAUAAAUAUUUACUUAUGUGGAAUAUAUUAAAAUUAACAAGUACCCUGAGUUGGGGGCAGGCUGUCCUAGACCAGUCUUACCCUGGGCAAUCUUCAAAUAUGGAAAAUUUAAAUCCCAGUGUUCUGAGUAAUAUCCAAUGCUGGAAUAUUUUGGGAAUUGAAGUCUGUACUUUUGGAGGUUGCUUAAGGUUAGAGACAGCUGAUUUAGACAUUGCUGAACUAUAGCCACAAUAGUUUUGACCAUUAACAAGGGCUGAUAGAGUUGGAGUCCAAUAUCACCACAGGUUACCCAAAGAUGUGUGCAAGACUUUCUAUGAUAGGAAUUCGAGUCUCAAAAACAGCCACUCCCAAAGUGGUUCAACACUUCAAACCAUUUCUACAACACUUGAAAUAGCUUGCCCCAUGAUUGGAAGAAACCAUUUUGGGAUUGGUUCACUUCCAGAACACUUGGAACAUCCUGUUCUGGAUCAAAAUGUUCCAAAAUAGAAUAUUUUGCACCUGCUAGUUCCCCACUCUUGCUGUAAAUGAACAGGAAGAAUGUGGCUCUGAAUUCUCUUGAAUUUAUUAAACAAUAUGAGAUUUGGCUACAAUAGCUUUCCUACCUUUUCCAGUCCAGUUGCAAACAAUGGAGGCACUGAGUAUAUUCCUACUUUAGGCAUUCCUUGUUAAAUUAUUUUCUUGUCCAGUUUCUAUUUGUUGGUAAGGAAAUUUUCCAUCAGCAGUUUUACUGAAGGAACAGUAGAGUUCCUUUGUUGAAUAAAUUGUUCAUAAAACAAAAAGAAUGAGAUGAAUAUUUUCAGCUCUUCAAUAUCCUCAUACCCUUUGUUGUAGAAGGCAUGAAAUGUAUGACCAUCAAAUGUUUGGCAAGGAAGAACUAACUUCAACAUCUUUAAAAUCCAGGUUUGCAUGCAUCUCUUCAGUCUGUCCAUGUGGUUCACUCACAUGGAAACAUGGUCUAUGUGUACAAUUCAUAGAACUUCUGUAGAUAAGUUGGUUGAGAUUUCUCAAAUGGAUGGUGAGUCUUCAAGCGUAGCUGCAGAAAUAGCAUAUCCACUCUGUACUAGCCUCUCUUUUCACAUCCAGGCCAGCAUUGCGUGCUCAGAACUUAGUAGAGGUUAAUAUGGACUAUGUAAAAAGGAUUAAACCCCCAAAUCUUGCCUCUAGUUAGAUUACACUUGAACUCCCCUGUGUAGGGGAAAUUAAUUCUGGUGAACAUAAAUUCCCUCAUAUUCAUUCCUCAAAACUCAACUAAAGAAAGGGCAAAUCCUCACAAAAUAUGAAGCAAUAAAAGUAGGGUCACAAAUUGGUUGAAAUCUGACAACAGUCAACACUUUUGCAAGCUACUUAUAGAAGUUCAUGAUAUCCUCAAGUUCCUUCCAGUAGCUGGAGAACAAAAAAUUAUCUUCUCAAUUGUUCAUUCAAAAAUUUCUAAAGUAGUACCACAUUCAAGUUUAGUUGUUUCCUCUUUCAGAUUAAUGAUGAAGAAUCCCCAAAUAGUUAUUAUCAGGCUGCUUUAUUUAAACAAUUAAAAAAUAUAACCACUUAAACAGGUGCUGCACUUUUGAAUUUGGUACUAUUUCCCUCCACCCCAUCCAAGGCAAAAUAAUGUAAUUUGUGCUUGGCUAGGAAAAGCACCAAGCAUGUGAUCUGUUUCAGAAGCCAUUUCACUUCCAGAAAAUAUCCCACUACUUUGCCCACAUUAGUUUAUGACUUGCUCUGCAGAUUCCACUCUUGUAGGCUUUGGAUGUCUUACUGCUUGUGAAGGGUAAAUGUGACAAAUUACUUCUGCUCUGGUCACAAUUCCCCCUCCCCCUUGUGCAUUUUCCUGUUUUCUUACAGGCUCUAAGACGUGGUACCUUUUGCUGUUAGUGGGGUGAUGAAUGAUUCCUGCAGUUCUGUUUUCUUAGAGUAUUAGUGAUAAUCUAGGUCCUUUAUCCUGAUGCAAAAGUAAGUCUUUCUAGACUACAAUUUAAUAGAAGAGGUUGGCUUAGUAGGAGCUUGGGAAAGCAAAUUGCUGAGUUAUUGGAUGGUUAAACAUAAAGAUAACCUAUCCUCUUGUACAACAUGUAAACACUGUUGGUAUCACAUCCUUUGGGUAUACCAUGGAAAACCAGCAUUGCAGAGCAGCUGCUGGCCAUCAUCUGUACUCUAUACAGAAUGUGGCCAAAUAAAUGAAUAAUUUGUACAAACACAAUACUACAUAGUUUUGCUUUUCAACAUAUUUGAUUUGCUAACAAAGAUGCAUAUUGCUUUUGAUAAACCACCUGAAAACACUUUUAAGAUCCUCAGUCUAUUUUUAAUUCAUUAUUUUUUCUGAAUUACAUUUAAUAAGCAUAUUAGAGGAUAUUCAUGUAGCCAACUGAUGAAAGACUCUGUGAAUAUAUGUAUGUAACAAAUUGAUGCCUGAGUAGAAAAGAGAUGUAUGAUGGAUUCUUGGUUGCUGGAUCUUGUCCAAGAACACUGGUAUUUCUUGCCAGUUUAACUAGACACUUGAAUAAUUCCUCUUUGCACUUAAUGCUGCUGUUUAUACUGCAUGUCACUACAUUUCUAUGCAAAAAUAACCUUUGAGGUAGCCAAAUAUUUGAUUUAAGGUUUAUAGAUCUUUAUAAGAUCUAUUUUCAUAUUUAUGAAGGAAUUUUAUGUCUUAAUAUUUGCAGUCUGUAAAUAGCUAAACUUUGUCAUUAAAGCUUAGGAAGAAAAUUUAUAGCAUGUGUAUAAUUUAACACUGCCAGGAGAAGGAUUUUUGAAAAAGCAUUUUUCUAAUACUUCAGAUAUUUAUGAAUGUUUAAAGAAAACAAAUCUUGAUUUGUAUGUGUUGAUUCAUAUUGUCUGAUUUCCACCCCUUAGAACUACAUAAGCAGUAUGUUUUGCUGGAACUGAAAAAAGUAACCAAAGAUAAAUGUAGUUUAAAAUAUCUGCAAGUUUUGUCAGUUUUUGUAAACCAUUCCCCAGUUCACCUUCAGAAUAAAAGCAAGUAUGUUUUUGUGGUUGAGAAGACAAAACUAAUGACCCCAAAAAAGGAGGAAUGUAAAAUGCUUCUAAACAAUUUCUGGGAAAGACCUAUUCUGAUUUCAUAUUCACACAUUUCAGUAUUUGCUGAUAAAGUGGUAACUUUUUUUCUGUUACACAGUCAGAUUCCAGAAGUUUGUCUCAUUUCAUAAGGAAUUCCUUAUUGUGCUUUCACUUGUUUCAGAUUUCUAUUUGUGUAUUCACCAACAAUUAAUACUAACUGGUUGUAAAUUAUCCUAACAUUUAAGUGUUUCCAGACAAGACACACCACAUUUCAUAGUAUGUAAACUGCAGUUACCCUACAUUAAAAAGAUAGUAACUUAAGCCAAUGUCAUGUUUUCAUGUUGGUAAGUUAAAUGCUUUCAAUAUGGCCAACUAACAAGGCAUGGGGCAGUUGUCCUGUUGAGCCAUGGCUAGUCAAAGGCAUUUGCAUUUGUGGAUUCCUUUAUGCUACAGACCAGUGCUCUAUUAAUUUGGUUAUUUCCACUUUCAAAGUAAUCUGUGUAUCCAUCUUGAAGUCUUCAAGUUAACUGCAUGUGUGAAGGACAGAAUUGCCAGUCACUUUCAUUAAAUGAUUCGAGGUUCUAUUUUGAGGAAAAAAUUAUCCUUGCUCUUCUAACACACCACCCUGUUUCUAUACCACCUUAAAGAAAAGACAGUAGAAAGAUCUGAAUGCUUUCAUUUUUCCUUACACUGAAAGUUCUUGAUUGUUUUGGUUGCUUUUUCUUCCCUUCCAGAUUACACAUUUAAGAAUUAUCCUUGGAAUAUCAAAUAUGUUUGCAGUAAAGUUGAAUACAAAAUUAUAGUUUUAUUCAAUUCCUUCUGAAGUCAUUCCUGGAAUAAGAUUUGUAAGCAUUAACAUUUAUCUAAAAUUUAUUUCUGUGCUAUUGUUGCAUCACUUUACAUUUAUUUCAAAUUUUCUUUGCCAUUUUGCUAACCAUUCCCACAUGUUGAUAACAUCUGGCUAGAGCUAUCCAGUUAGCCUGAGUUUUUUUCCUGAUUUAGUAUUAAUGACAAGCUUUAGCUACUUCAUUGCUCUUCCCAACUCAGCAGUUUUUAAAAGGUUGUACAUCAUUGGCCCCACUAAUGUUAUCAAAUAAUGCUUUCCAGCAAUGUAUCUGGAACAGAUAGACUGAUAAAUCAAUCAUUUUCUAGUUUCCAGGAGAUCUCAUUACUCUGUUUUGUUGUGUGUAACUGAAAUACAUAACUAUGUGAUCUGUAUUGCAAUAAGCCUUGCAAUAAUAGAUUAACAGGUAAAAAGCCUCUAGUCUGUCAAAUAAUAUUUUGAGAUAUGAAGACAUUAUUUGAUAAGUGAAACACCAAUACUUUAUUUAAAUAAAGAUUGGUGAUGGCUG